CCCAGCCUGGGUGUGCUGCUGUGAGCCGCAGAGGGCGCCCGAGACCCGGGCUUUCUCUCUCUCCUCCUCACCGCUGAAUCUCUCAGCUCUCCUCCCCUCAGAUCAGAGCUCAGAGAGGGGAGGACACAGCCGGAGGAGCCGCUCCUUCCGCCCGCCGGACCCGCGGUAACAUGCUGCUGCUACAUUCCCUCAGCUCCAGCGGGGUCUCUCCAGCUUUCUGUCUUCUGAGGAGUGAAGAAUGGAUUUAAAGGAGUGAGGACUGAGCGGGCUGUAGACACGAGGGGAGCCCUGCGUGUGUGUGUUGUUGUGAGAGUGUGUGAGAGUGUGUGAGAGUCGCUUUGUUCGCUCAAUAAGCCGGUGCACAAUAAUCUGUAUCUCAACAUGGACUCUCCAGUGAAAGGGAAUAGGUGUGAUACAGACCCUGAAUCUCCUGAGGAGGAAGAAGUUGACCCAAGAAUUCAGGGAGAACUGGAGAAACUGAAUCAGUCCACGGAUGACAUCAACAGAUGGGAAACAGAGCUGGAGGAUUCCAGGCAGAGGUUUCGUGCUGUCCUGGUGGAGGCCACAAUCAAGUUAGACGAGCAAGUUAAGAAGAUUGGCAAAGCAGUGGAAGACUCCAAACCCUACUGGGAGGCCCGGAGAGUGGCCCGGCAGGCGCAGGUGGAAGCUCAGAGAGCCACACAGGAGUUCCAGAGGGCCAUAGAGAUCCUGAGGGCAGCCAAGGAGACCAUCGCUCUGGCCGAGGAGAGGCUGCUGGAGGAGGAGAGCCGGCAGUUUGACUCAGCCUGGCAGGAGAUGCUUAAUCACGCCACCCAGAGGGUGAUGGAGGCGGAGCAGAGCCGGACCAGCAGUGAACUGGAGCACAGGGAGACGGCUGCCAAAUACAACGCAGCCAUCAGCCACAUGAGACAGCUGGAGAAGAAGCUCAAACGCACCAUUAGCAAAUCACGGCCGUACUUUGAAUUAAAGGCAAAGUAUUACCUGCAGCUUGAGCAACUAAAGAGACGAGUGGACGAGCGGCAGGCUAAUCUGGCUAAGGCUAAAGCCGAGUACAGGACAGCCUUAGGCAACCUGGAGGCCAUCUCAGACGAGAUCCACGCCCGCCGACGCCUCUCCGCCAUGGGGCCUCGGGGCUGCGGGGUCGGGGCUGAGAGAGACGGGGGAGCCGGGGACGAAAUCUCCAACUUUAAAAUGGAGUCAGAUGGCAUAUCCAUGAUGUCUGAGACCUUCGAGGAGGAGAACUGUAACGGCACUACACCAGAAGACGACCCGGAGACCCAGUCCACCUGCAGCUUCAGCUCCAACUCCGCCCCUAUGGACGUCCCCCCCUGCCCGUACCUCCCCUCACCUUCCUCUUCCUACCCACUGCUCUCUUCCUCCUGCCCCUUCCCCUCCUCUUCCUCUCCCCCCUCCCCCUCGACUUCACCCUGCCCCGGGGAUCUGGAGGGUUUCAGCCUGGUCUCGCCUGUGCUGGGUCCUCGCAGCGAGUGCAGCGGCGCCUCCUCGCCCGAGUGUGAUCAGGAGAGAGGGGAAAGAGCAGAAGGUGCGGAAGGAAAGCCAGUAAACACUACACAGCCAAGCAGUCAGAAGAGCGACGCUCUGGAAGACCGCAUGAACCGCCUGUCCCUCCAGCACACAGGCAAGAGUGAGAAGGAGAGCGCACCCUUCACUGUGACCCCCCCACCACCCCCCAUACUGCUGCUCAACUCUGUUUAAAACAAAAGGAAGGAAGGACUAAAAACAAUCCCCCCCCCCCCCCCCCUUCACUUCACCUGUCUUCCAGACUGAUGUGUUACUGUGAGACUGUGGAAACCUCUCAGUGUUUAAAUGGACUUCUGAGGAUAAUAAAUGGUUUUGGAAGGAAUCCAGAGACGGACCGAAGAUCUGGACACAGAGCUGUCAGCUGUACUUCCACUCACCGGACAUUUUAUCAGAAACAGUGAACUGUGCCCGAUCAUGGAACAAGAUGAUGUCACCGAUGCAUCGUUUCUGUAAAGAUACAUGCUGGGUUUAUGCCGAAUUCAGCACCUCUGUCUGGAAAAAACACCUCUACUUUGUUGCUAUGCAUGUAACCGUGACUGAGAUACCCAUGACUUUUGGCACUUUUGGUAUUUCUACGUUUCUAAGUUAGACGACGCUGUGUAUGCAACUCCGAGAGAGGGCACUUUGCAUGGCAGGGAUGCUGAAUUCGUCACCGGCAAGCCCACUGAGCAACUGUGAGUAAUUGCUUUAGUGAGGGUGCUCGGGCACGGAUUGUUUAAACGCAGUGUGAGUGCAGGCCAGCGAGGUGGAGUGGGGAGAAAAAUAUUUCACACUUCUACUCAGUAAUAAAAAAUUC